CGGCCCGGGAGCGCUCCACUCGCCACCGCGGGAGAGGCCGGUGACCUCUCGGCCGCCCCGCCUCGGAGGCUCAGAUGGCUCAGGCGAAGAUUAACGCCAAAGCCAACGAGGGGCGCUUCUGCCGCUCCUCCUCCAUGGCCGACCGCUCCAGCCGCCUGCUGGAGAGCCUGGACCAGCUCGAGCUCAGGGUUGAAGCUUUGAGAGAAGCUGCCAGUGCUGUUGAGCAAGAGAAAGAAAUCCUCCUGGAAAUGAUCCACAGUAUCCAGAACAGCCAGGACAUGCGGCAGAUCAGUGACGGAGAAAGAGAAGAAUUAAAUCUGACUGCAAACCGCUUGAUGGGACGAACCCUCACUGUUGAAGUUUCAGUAGAAACAAUUCGAAACCCACAACAGCAAGAAUCCCUAAAACAUGCCACAAGGAUUAUUGAUGAUGUGGUCAAUAAGUUUCUGGACGAUUUGGGAAAUGCUAAGAAUCAUUUAAUGUCACUCUACAGUGCCUGCUCGUCUGAGGUGCCACCAGGGCCAGUUGAUCAGAAAUUUCAGUCCAUAGUAAUCGGCUGUGCUCUUGAAGAUCAGAAGAAAAUUAAGAGAAGAUUAGAGACUCUGCUUAGAAACAUUGAAAACUCUGACAAGGCCAUCAAGCUGUUAGAGCACUCUAAAGGAGCUGGUUCCAAAACUCUGCAACAAAAUGCCGAAAGCAGAUUUAAUUAGUCUUUAAACCUAAGAGCAUUUACAAAUAAUGAUGUAAGAAUGGUAAGGUACUAUUUUAAGUGAAAACUAGUUCUUUAUGUUAGACAUAACCACUUAUUUGAUACGGAUAGUUGUUUCAGAUGAGGAAAAUAUUUCCAGUGCCAUCGGAUUUGUGAAUACCAAUUAAAACUAGAAUUAUUUUAAUUAUCUAGAAGUUUUUAUAUAGAAUUCUUGUACUAGGAUAUAGCACAUUACUUCUAUGUUUUUCCUGUUCUGUGUAUGAAUACAAAGUAUGGCGUGGGGGACAGCACUCAACUGGGGGCAAAGCCACUGCUGCUCUUUCCCAGGCUUUCUCUGUCAAGGAACUACAUGGCUACCUGGGGCAUCUGCCUAGGUGUGCUUUCCCUUAGGCAGCAUACAACGUACUGCUUUUCUAGUGUUAGCACAGCACCAUGCUUAGCGGGACGAAAGGAAUCCCAAAACAAGAGGCUUUCCCUACAUUGUCCCAUUCAGUUGUUUUUUAAGGCAUCUGUAACCAAAUUAUUCUGAACUUUUGUGCACCUCAUAAUAUGUGGAUAAUAUGUGGUUUGUGAACAUGACAAAGUAUGAGAGAGUCACCUGUAAUUUUACCACUGUGAUCAAUACUUAUAUCCAUUUCAUCUUCUCUCAGAUGCAUAACUUCUCUAAAAUUACAAUGUUGUAACUUGGUUUUCCUUAAGUUAAAUGCUGCUAGUAGGUCUGCCUACUUGUCAACUUGAAAAGCUCUGUUUUAUGCAGUUGUACAACAAUUUACUUACCUGUUUCCCUCUUAUUGAACAUUUAGGUUGUUUCCACUUUGUUGUCAUUACUACAGCAUACUUAUGUAUAUAGAGCUUUAUCCUUCUUUCUUUUUUUUUACUUUCUUGGUAUAAAUUCCAGCAGUGGAUUUAUUGGGUCAAAGGGUAUACACAUUUUCAUGGCCUGACACAUAUUUCCAAAUUUUUUGUAUCAGUUCUAUCAAUUUAUACUAUCUUUAGUAAUUAAAAUGUAGCCAUUUCAUCGAAAUUGGUCCAACAUUGAGCAUUAAACUUUUUCUAACAUUAGAUAUAAAAUAC